AUGUUUUAUUUUGUUCUUUUCGUUGCUAUUCUAAUAGCAAAUUUAGUUAAUAUAAAUGCUAAUAUAACAUGCUAUGAAUGUAAUGCUUGUACAUCAACACCAAUAGAAAUAUCUACUGAUAAUCGUUUAUGUUUUCGUAUUCAAAUGAAUUGUCUAUCAAUAGAUAUACAUGUCAUUGAUCUAACGGGUGAUCAAUCACACUUAAAUCAUUCACGAUCGAAUUGUGGUCAAACACUUAGUUAUUCAUCAGUAUGUGCAGUUUCGUAUUAUUGUUGUUCAAUAGAUAAAUGUAAUACAUAUGAUAAUCCACUUUUACCAUCAUCAUCAUCAUCAUUGUUAUUAUUCAGAAUAAAAAGAAUAGUAUUUAACCUUUAUAUUAUAUAUUAUUUUAAGUACUAUAAUAAAUCUAUUUAA